CCAGGUCUCUAGCCCGGACGCUAGCAAGGCGGGGGUGCAGCCGUGGGAGCCAGGCUGGGAGCUGUCCGUUCAGCACCACCGACCUGAGCCUGGGCGUCAGGGCGGAGGCGGGGCAACAGGCGGGGAGCUGUCCGUUCAGCACCGCGGACCUUUGCCCCCCACGGAAACCUCCCGGCCCCCGCCCCAGGACUGUCUUUUCUCCAGUUUGAGCGGGGGUGUCGGUAGCAGGCGGAGAGCUUUCCUGGGAGGCUGGGGAAGCAGUGAACACUCUUCUCAGCGACUCGCCUCCCAGCAGUGCUAUUUUUUACCAUCCGCCCUCACCCCCAGCACACGCGCUCGCACACGCACGCACACACACACACACACACACGCACACGCACACAGACCUCUCUGGAUUUCUUUGCCUUGAGUCUCCCGAGGCUGUGAGGAACCAGGCGCAUCUCAGACCCAGCUGGCCGUUCCAGGCUCCGGAGCCAUGCCCUGCACGAACCCUCAUCCUUACCAAGCUCCUGAGGAAUGAAAGGAACCCAGGGACCCUCAGAAGGCAGCAGUGAUGUGGACCAACCCCCUGGAGCCUGCACCCUUCCGAGGGCCAUAGGCGACCCAGGGAACUGGAGAGAGCUCCAGACAGGAAAUCCCAGCUUUCCCAAAGUCCCUGUGGAUGCUGACAGAAGGAGACCCAAAUUUGUGGAAGAGCCUGUCCUAGGUUACCCAGCUGCAGAGUGAUUUUUCCUCUGGCCUUGAACCUCCCCUCCGACCCCCCAGCCGUCCAGAGUACCAUGAAGAAUUAUGAGGAUGUGUGACAGAGGUAUCCAGAUGUUGAUCACCACUGUGGGCGCCUUCGCAGCUUUUAGUUUAAUGACCAUUGCAGUGGGCACGGACUACUGGUUAUAUUCCAGAGGCGUGUGCAGGACUAAAUCUACAAGUGAUAACGAGACCAGCAGGAAGAAUGAAGAAGUAAUGACCCAUUCGGGGCUCUGGAGGACCUGCUGCCUAGAAGGGGCCUUCCGAGGGGUGUGCAAGAAAAUCGACCACUUCCCGGAAGAUGCCGACUACGAGCAGGACACGGCAGAGUAUCUCCUGCGGGCUGUGAGGGCCUCCAGCGUCUUCCCCAUCCUCAGCGUGACACUGCUCUUCUUCGGCGGGCUCUGCGUGGCAGCCAGCGAGUUCCACCACAGCAGACACAGCGUCAUCCUCAGCGCCGGCGUCUUUUUCGUCUCUGCAGGGUUAAGUAACAUCAUCGGCAUUAUCGUUUAUAUAUCAGCCAAUGCCGGGGACCCCGGGCAGCGGGACUCCAAAAAGAGCUACUCGUACGGCUGGUCCUUCUACUUCGGGGCCUUCUCCUUCAUCAUCGCCGAGAUCGUGGGCGUGGUGGCCGUGCACAUCUACAUCGAGAAGCACCAGCAGCUACGCGCCAAAUCCCACUCGGAGCUCCUGAAGAAAUCGACUUUCACGCGCCUGCCGCCUUACAGGUACCGGUUCCGGAGGCGGUCAAGUUCGCGCUCCACGGAGCCCAGGUCCCGCGACCUGUCCCCCAUCGGCAAAGGUUUCCACACCAUCCCGUCCACCGACAUCUCCAUGUUCACCCUCUCCCGGGACCCCUCAAAGAUCACCAUGGGGACCCUCCUCAACUCCGACCGGGAGCACACUUUUCUACAGUUCCACAAUUCCACGCCCAAAGAAUUCAAGGAGGCCCUGCAUAACGACCCGGCCAACAGGCGCACCACGCCGGUCUGAACCGCCCUGGCCCGCUGCACCCCUCCCCUCUC